AUGACUGGAUCGUACGAAUUAAACCACACUGGGGAGGUGGUAUCAAAUAGAGGUCUUAAGGAUGCAUAUAAUGAGGUCACUGAAAUGGAGGUAGACCCUAAAAAUAAUGAGUACGCUGAGGAGCAAAGCCUGAAUAGAGAAGAUACGUUUGAUCCUGAUAGUGGUGUGAAAAGACAGUUAAAGGAUAGACACAUCUCAUUGUUGGCACUUGGUGGUAUUAUCGGUCCUGGUUGUUUAAUUGGUGCGGGAAAUGCACUAGCAAUCGGUGGUCCCUUGGCACUUUUGCUUGGAUUUGGGAUCAUUGGAAUUCUUGCGUUUAUCAUGAUGGAAUCCAUUGGUGAGAUGAUCACUCUUUAUCCAUCUGGUGGCGGAUUCACUACUUUGACCAGAAGGUUCCAUAGUGAUGCUCUAUCGGCGGUAUGCGGUUACGCAUAUGCAGUAGUAUUUUUCGCUGUGUUGGCGAAUGAGUAUAACACAUUAUCCUCGAUUAUGCAGUUCUGGGGACCGCAGGUCCCUUUGUAUGGAUACAUUUUGAUAUUCUGGGCGGCGUUCCAAGUCUUCCAAUUGUUGGGGGUGGGUGCCUUCGGUGAAACCGAGUAUUGGCUUGCUUGGUUUAAGAUUUUAGGUUUAUUGACGUAUUAUAUUUUUUCCAUUGUCUAUAUAUCGGGAGGUGUUAAGAAUCGUCCAGCAUUUGGCUUUCAGUAUUGGAAUGAUCCAGGCGCUCUUUCUAAUGGGUUUAAAGGUAUUGCUAAUGUCUUUGUCUUUUGUUCAACGUUUUAUUCAGGUACGGAGUCGGUAGCAUUGGCAGCUACGGAAUCAAAAAAUCCUCGCAGAGCGGUACCGAUUGCCAUCAGGCAAACAUUUUGGCGUAUCUUAAUAGUUUACCUCGGGAUUUCCAUAUUCUAUGGUGUCACCGUUCCAUAUAAUGACGAAAACCUUAACUUUGCCACGAAAGUUUUGAAAUCUCCAAUUGCCAUCGCCAUCUCAAGAGCAGGUUGGCCAGCUGGUGUUCACUUGGUAAAUGCAUUUAUUUUAAUUACUUGCAUUUCGGCAAUUAAUGGCUCUUUAUACAUUGGAAGUAGGACGUUAACUCACCUUGCCAAUGAAGGUUUGGCACCAAAAUUACUCGCUUGGACGGACCGUAGAGGUGUACCGAUUCCAGCAAUAACUGUUUUCAACGCGUUGGGUUUAAUUUCGUUGAUGAAUGUUAGCGUCACUGCCGUGGAUGCUUAUAACUAUAUUGUUAACUUGUCCGGUGUAGGCGUUUUCAUCGUAUGGGGUAUCAUUUCUCUCACCCAUCUUCGUUUUAGAAAAGCGUGGAAAUUACAGGGCCAUACCAGAGAUGAACUACCGUACAAGGCCAAACUUUUCCCAGUUUUUCCAAUUGUCAGCAUUAUUGCCAACAUAUUCUUGGGACUGGUUCAAGGAUGGUCUUACUUCAAACCAUUCGAUGCCAAAAAUUUUGUUGAUGCGUACAUAUUGAUACCUGCGGGUAUCAUCUUAUACCUUGGUGUAAGUUACUGGAAAACUAAAGGCUUCCUUACAGCAGUCGAUCUAUCAGAAGUUAAUUUAUUAUUUGGCCAAAGGUUGCCAACAAUCUCCCAGGAUAUGCCUUCUUCUACAGACAGCACCACCUCAGUUGUUAUCACCAAAACGCCACGUAAGAUCAACUGGAAGGAUAUUUUGACCUAA